AUGGCCGAUUCGAAGAGGAAGCGCGGAGGAAAAGGUAACGCCACCGGGGCGAAGAAGGAUGACAGCGCCCGCUUCGCCGCCGAUGAUGCCAGAUGGGGCCGUGGCGGCAAGGGCGAAGGGCGAGGCGGCAAGGUUCGUCUGGACUCCCGAUUCGCGGACCUCUUCACCAAUCCCGAUUUUGCAGAGACUUUCGAGUUGGACCCGCUGGGCCGGCCCGUGAAGGCCGAGGAGUCCACCGCGCAACGGCUGCGCCGGGUGUACGAGCUCGACCCCGACGUCCUCGAAAAGGCCAACGAGGCCCAGCAGCAGCAGCAGCGGCAAGAGGGAGAGGCAGAAGUGGAAGUAGAGGAGCACGCCACGACCGAGGCCGACGCGGAGGUGGUGCACGACGAAGAGGAGGAGCCGAAGCUGCCAAAGAAGAAGGUGGCAGCCAAGAAGGCCGCAGCGGCCGCCAAGACGGCGACGCAGAAGAAAACGAAGAAGAAGAAGGCCGCCGCCGCCGCCGAGCCCGAGGCAGCGGAGAAGGAGGAGGAGGGGGAGGAGGAGGGGGAGGAGACGCGUCGGCUGGCGGUGUGCAAGUGCGACUGGGACAAGGUGCGGGCGGUGGACAUCCUGGUCCUGCUCCAGUCGUUCGUGCCGGCCACGGGCGCCAUCCUGGGCGUCACGGUCUACCCGUCGCGCCUCGGCCAGCAGCGCCUCGACGAGGAGGCCAAGCACGGCCCGCAGAGCAUCUUCCGCCAAAAGGGCAGCAGCAGCCACCACCACCACUACAACAACAACAGGCGCCCGCGCGGCGCCCAAUCCGGCGACAUCGACGAGGAGAAGCUCCGCCAAUACGAGCUGGAGAAGCUGGACUACUACUACGCGGUGGUGGAGUGCGACUCGCCGGCGACGGCCGGGGAGAUCUACAAGGCCUGCGACGGCCUCGAGUUCGAGCGGUCGAGCAACGUGCUCGACCUCUCCUUCAUCCCCGACGACGUCACCUUCGACCUCCCGCCUCGCGAGUCGGCGCGGGAGAUUCCGUCGAACUACGAGGCGCCCACGUACUACACAUCGGCCCUCCAGCACUCCAAGGUGGAGCUCACGUGGGACGCCGACGACACCCACCGGCGCCGCGUCAUGCAAAAGGCCAAGCUGUCGGCGGAGGAGCUGAAGAUGUCGGACUUCAAGGCCUACCUGGCGUCGGAUUCGGACGAGUCCGACCUGGACGACGACGAGGACGAGGGCGAGCCCCAGUUCGUGUUCGAGCUCGAGACGCCCGCCGGCGUCGAAGAGACCGCCGCCGCCGCGCAGAAGAAGAAGAGCAAGAAGAAGAGCGACGAGAAGAUCGACCCCAAGCGGCGCGACAAGUACCGCGCCCUCCUGGGCGCCCUCGACCAGGACGAGGAGGAGCAGCAGGACAUGGAGAUCACGUUCGUGCCGGGCCUGAGCGAGAAGGUGCAGGGCCUGCUCGACGCCAAGGACAACCCCGACGCCCUCAAGCGGAAGCGGAAGCGCGAGCCCGCCCCCAAGACCCUCGAGAGCGACGAGGAUUCGGACUUCUUUGAGGGCGCGGGCGAGUUCGACGGCGACCGCCAUUCGGAGGACGAGGAGGCCGAGCGGCGGAAGCGGGGCGGCAACAAAAAGAAGGCGCGCGGCGGGAAGAAGACGGAGGAGGAGCGCAGGCAGGAGGCCGAGCUGGCCCUGCUCACCCUCGACGAGGACAUCCACAGGGCCGCCCACAAGCGGACCGCCGACGACGCCACCGGCGGCAAGCCCAAGGGCCGCAGCGCGCGCCGGGCCAAGGCCCGGGAGGAGGCCAAGGCCGCCGCCGACCUCGACCUCAAGGACCCGCGAUUCCGCGAGCUCGUCACCUCACCCGAGUUUGCCAUCGAUCCCACCAGGAUCAAGAAGAACAGCGAGACCGUCAACAAGAUCCUCGUGGAGCGAUCGCGCGUGCGGGCCGAAGCCGGUGGUGCGGCCUCGUCGGAGGCGAAGACGGUCGCCGGCGGCAACAGUAAGGGUCCGUUCAGCGAUUCCUCGCUCAGCGACCUCGUUUCCUCGGUCAAGGUCAAGGGACUCGGGCCGGCCAAGGGCCGCAAGGGCCGCGCGGCGACCACCACCACGACCGUCACCGCCACCGCCACCAAACGAAGCAAGUAA